CGAGAGACCGGAGCAGGGAGGCUGAGACACCAACACGAAAGGGGAACAGUGAGAAAGGAGAAGUGUUUUCUGCACACUGUAAAGUUGCAUUUCGAAGGGGGAAGAGAAAUUGAGUGAGGGUGUGAAAUCGACCAAUGAAAAGCGAGAGGGAACAGAAUUAAUCCCCCUGGGGAUUGGAUAGCGAGGCUGACACCGAGGAGGACGGCUGGAUGUCCUCUUGCAAGCAGGGAGCCUGUCCUCAGCGAAUCCUCGUUUCCUCCAUCACAACAGGAGAAAGUUGGGAUAUCCACUGACAGAAACAGACCCGCAUACACACACACACACACACACACACGCGUGGGCUGUUCUCAACACACACGCUCCAAAUAUGGGGACAGUGAGCGAACUCUGUGUGUCCAGCCUCCAGACAUUCUUGUGUCCAGCUGUGAAGCCUACCGAGCCUGCACCAGUGCCAGAUGACCUCACCCCAGAGGAGCAGCAGGAGCUGGAGAAUAUCCGCCGCCGCAAACAAGAGCUGCUGGAAGACAUUCAGAGGUUAAAGGAUGAGAUAGCAGAAGUGACGAUUGAGAUUGAGAACCUAGGUUCCACCGAGGAGAGGAAAAAUAUGCAGAGGAACAAACAGGUGGCUAUGGGCCGAAAGAAAUUCAACAUGGACCCCAAGAAGGGGAUCCAGUUUCUGAUUGAGAAUGAGUUGCUGAAGAACACCAGCGAUGAUAUCGCCCAGUUCCUGUACAAAGGGGAAGGCCUUAACAAGACUGCCAUUGGAGAUUACCUCGGAGAGAGAGAUGACUUCAACAUCCAAGUCCUCCAUGCUUUUGUAGCGCUUCAUGAGUUCACUGACCUCAACUUGGUCCAGGCUUUAAGACAGUUUCUGUGGAGUUUUCGUCUUCCAGGAGAAGCGCAGAAAAUCGACCGCAUGAUGGAGGCCUUUGCUCAGCGCUACUGCCAGUGCAAUCCCGGUGUUUUCCAGUCAACAGACACCUGUUACAUUUUGUCGUUUGCCAUCAUCAUGCUGAACACCAGCCUACACAACCCAAAUGUGAAGGACAAGCCGACUGUGGAACGAUUCAUCUCCAUGAACCGCGGAAUCAAUGAUGGGGGAGACUUACCCGAAGACCUGCUGAGGAAUCUGUAUGACAGCAUUAAGAAUGAGCCGUUUAAAAUCCCAGAGGACGACGGCAACGACCUGACGCACACCUUCUUCAAUCCUGACAGAGAGGGCUGGCUGCUUAAACUGGGAGGGGGGCGUGUCAAAACCUGGAAGAGGAGGUGGUUCAUCCUCACCGACAACUGUCUCUACUACUUUGAGUACACAACAGACAAAGAACCCAGAGGAAUCAUCCCGCUGGAGAACCUGAGCAUUAGGGAGGUGGAGGAUAAAAAGCCUAACUGCUUUGAGCUUUUCAUCCCAGACAACAAGGACCAGGUGAUAAAAGCCUGCAAAACCGAAGCAGACGGGCGUGUUGUCGAGGGCAAUCACACCUUCUACCGCAUCUCUGCCCCCACGUCUGAGGAAAAAGAUGAGUGGAUGAACAGCAUCAAAGCUGCCAUCAGCAGAGAUCCGUUUUACGAGAUGCUGGCGGCACGGAAGAAGAAGGUGUCGUCCAUGAAAAGGCACUAGAGCCGCUCAGCUCGCUCCAUGUUGCACUUGACCGAACAGAGGGACUGGGAAUCUGACCUCCAUCUGUCUGUCUCACACCUCUUCAGGGGAUUUCUUUUGGAUACAAACUUAAGUCUGGCGUUGGCGCCAGCGUUCUUGCUAAUAAUCAUGACCAAAGCCUCCUAUGAAUGUUUUCUCUUUCUUCGUCUCGUACGUCUGGAGACGAGGUUGAAAGGGAACUCUGGAAAAUCCCCCUCUGGAAACUGUUUGCUCAUGCUUUAGUACAGACAAAUCCACGCAUACAGAAUGUGCACACGUGCACGUCACUUUAACUCAGCAGGUCUGACCACGUGCGGCACCCCCAACCAAAAUCCUACGAGCUCUCCAGAAGAGAAGUCAAGAUGGUGUUUUUCCUGCUGUGCUUUAAUACGUUUGUGUCUAUUUUUUACAGCUUUUUACCUUUUAUUCUUCCAGUUUUCUUUAUUUGCUUUUUUUACAGAGAAAGUAUGAAAAAAAAAUUGCAGAAGAGUGUAAUUUGUCAACUGUUGAUUUUAUGGGGGGGGGGGGGGGGGGGGUGUUGCCGCUCAGGAGAUUGAAUCAGUGAUGGACUGAAAAACAUUUUUGUAGAUGUGAACCUGCAGCAGGCAGGUGUAUGUGUGUGUCUGUGUGUGCGUGUGAGUGACCUGCAGCUGCAUCCUGAGGAUCUAAAGGACGAGUGUCUGUCAUUAUUAUUAACAUAUUUAUUCAGGGUUUUAUGUUGUCUGGAAAACAGCAGAAACUCUUUCUACUCUGACAAAAAGAUUUUGCUCUUUGUCAAAAAAGUUACUUUUGCUGCUGGUUAGCUACAGACUUGUAUUCUUCAACUGCCACAUUUAAUUUACCUUUAGUGUUCCUUUUCUUUGUAGAAAGUUACCAGUUUAAUGGUCAAAAUUGUCUUCAUUACUGUCUUUUCAGAAGAAAAGAAAGAAGCUCUAUCUCUGCUUCCACCUGCUUUGCAUAAGAAAUAUUACACGUAAAGCGGCACAGAUAAAUCCUCACAAUUAUGUGGCUUUUUGAAGCCACAUGCGGGAAAGAUUGUUGCUGUCAGUGUCUGAGGAGCCAAACCAUAUUAAUGUGUCGCAGAAUCCCACCGAAUGAUUAAGAGUGGAGAGUCCGAUUUAUCGCACUAAGGCAAACAGUCCUUUUGCUGAAGCAAAUCUAUGGUGGCCGAGAGAUGACACGACUUCCAAAUUAAGAAAACACAAGUAAAUGUAGAAAACAAAAAAAAAAAAAACAAGCAAACAAAAAUAACACCAAACAACAAAAAAAUGCCAGCAUAUGCAGUGCAAAUUUUAAUUUAGUAAUGUAUCAGAUUAGAUAGAACUUAGAUAGAACUUUGGGAAGACUCCCUUGGGAGGACUCCCUCAGGUAACUGAGGUUCCAUUAUAUAGCCGCACACAGGGUAAGAAGCACACAGAGUAUCAAAAGUAAAAAUAAAAAAUUAAUGCAAUGCAUGCAAAAACACAGGCACAUAGCUGUACAACACAAAGGAAGCACUGGAAAAACAAGGUUUCUUACCAGAGGACUUUUACUGACCUAUUGUUGCAUUGCAAAUAAGUUUUUGUUUAAAAAAAAAAAAAAAAAAAAAAGUAUAAAUCUAGCUCAAGAGUAAAAUAAAUCACAAUAAAUAAAGAUGCAUUAAACGAUCAGCAGAAAGCUUCUUUUGUGUUACCAUUGCUUCCGUUUUGUGGUGCAGCUUUGCAACAAGUCUGUGUUUUCGGGUGCAUUGUGUGACUUUGCAGCAAACACAUUUAAAUUUUCAUGUGCUGCACAUUACGUUUUCUUGUGUUCUCUGUGAUUGCAAGACAUUUAAGAUGCAGCUCCCUAAUGUUGAAUUAAUGCAAGUGGGGUUUUUUUUGUAUUUGUCAAGGUUUUCUGCACGUGCUCGUCUUGUCCUAAGUUGGAUGUGUCGUGGCCUCUCUCAGCCACCGCACACUGCUGGCGUACAGUUAUGCAAAUGUACUCAAUUUUUUUUCUUCCUGUUAUUUGUACAGUCUCCUCUUCUCAGAUCAUGUUUGUCACCAUAUCAAUCGUAGAGAAAUAAGGAAAUCUACAAACAAUCAUAGACAGUAUUGAUUUAUUUAUCAAAGUUGUACAUAGUUAAAUGUAUAGUUGGUCCUUUUUUUCUCUGUUUUUUUUUAUGAUUUCCCUUUAGUUGUGCCAUCCUGUUAUUCUGUUGGCUAAUAUUUGAUUUAUAUCAUAACAAGCUAAAAUAAAGGUGAAUUUGUC